AGAGUGUGAGUGCGAGGGAGGCCGGCCCUUAGUGUAACCGGAGCUACAAAGAAGGGAGACAGGGAGAGUCGAGAAGAGGGAGGAGGAGGAGGAGGAGGCGGCGCCGGGGGCAUCUCCAACACCCUCCCCCUUGGAACCAGCCACAUCAAACCGGCCUCGGCCACCGGGACCCCGGGCCGGCCCACACCCCCUCCCCUCCACCCGUGCCCACCCGGGAUGAUGAAGAAGAACAAUUCCAGCAAGAGGGGGCCCCAGGAUGGAAACCAUCAGUCCGCACUGCCUGAAAAGGUCGGCUGGGUGCGGAAAUUCUGUGGGAAAGGGAUUUUUAGGGAGAUCUGGAAAAACCGCUACGUGGUGUUGAAAGGGGACCAGCUCUACAUCUCUGAGAAGGAGAUAAAAGAUGAGAAAAAUGUCCAGGAAGUAUUUGACCUGAGCGACUAUGAGAAAUGCGAGGAGCUUCGGAAAUCCAAGAGCCGGAGCAAGAAGAAUCACAGCAAGUUUACCCUGGCACACUCCAAACAGCCUGGGAAUAUGGCACCCAACCUGAUCUUCCUGGCAGUGAGUCCAGAGGAGAAGGAGUCUUGGAUUAACGCCCUCAGUUCCGCCAUCACUCGAGCCAAGAACCGAAUCCUGGAUGAGGUCACUGUUGAAGAGGACAGCUACCUUGCCCAUCCCACCCGUGACAGAGCAAAGAUCCAGCACUCUCGACGUCCCCCAACCAGAGGACACCUAAUGGCUGUGGCCUCGACCUCUACCUCGGAUGGAAUGUUGACCUUGGACUUGAUCCAGGAGGAGGACCCCUCUCCGGAGGACCCCACUUCUUGUGCCGAGAGCUUCCGGGUGGACUUGGACAAAUCUAUGGCCCAGCUGGCAGAAGGCAAGAGACGGGCAGACUCAGACCGGAUCCAUCCUCCGUUGGACCGGGGCCGCAGCUUUCCCCGGCCUUGGGAGAAGCCGGAGAAGGGGGCCCCCUACACUCCCCAGGCCCCCAAGAAGCAGACGCCCUCAGAGAAAGGCCGGUGCGCUUCCUUGGAAGAAAUCUUGUCACAGCGGGAUGCUGCCCCAGCCCACGGCCCGCUCCAGCCCGAGGAGCACUCCACCCCCACCCCACCUCCCCCCGGACAGCUGUCUCGGAUCCAGGACCUGGUAGCAAGGAAACUGGAGAAGACGCAAGAGCUGCUGGCGGAGGUGCAGGGGCUGGGGGAUGGGAAACGAAAGGCCAAGGACCCUCCGCGCUCUCCCCCUGACUCUGAGUCAGAACAGCUCCUGCUGGAGACGGAGCGACUGCUCGGGGAAGCGUCCUCCAACUGGAGCCAGGCAAAGAAAGUACUGCAGGAGGUGAGGGAGCUGAGGGACCUGUACAGGCAGAUGGACCUUCAGAGCCCAGACUCCCAGCUCAGACACACCGCUCAGCACAGCCAGUAUCGCAAGAGCCUGAUGUGAGGGAGCGGGGAAGCGGCCCCGAGGCGCGCUGCAGGGGAUGGACUGGCGGACGCUGGGAGAGGGCUUGUUUCUUUCGUUUUGUUUUUUUUUUAAUUUACCGCAAUCCAAAAAGAAAAGCAAAAAACAACUCACGGCUCCCGCUGGUGCCUAAUUCUCCCCUGUGGCCUCCCCCUUUCUUUCCGGAGCCAUAGACUGGGCUCAGAUCGGAGGGAGAGGGGUUCCCCGCUGAAUGGUAGCGAUCUGGACCCACUGGGGAGAAAAGAAAUGUUGGAGGCCGUCUGGCCAAGUUCUCAUCUAGCACUAGAGAUAUGGGGAGGCUAACUCCCCAGAGCCGGACUCUCUGCCAUCCCCUACCCCUAUGCAGAGGUCGUAUGUUUAUGUUUCCAAUCCUAGUGCAAUGGGGGCGGAGGGAAGAAUCAUUUCCCCCUAUCCAUGUGCCCUCUAAGGAUGAAAUUUUAGCCAGAAAGUCCAGACUCUAAGGAGGUGGAUUCCACUUCCACCUGUUCCAGCCCUUGGUAUCAGUGAAGGGAAAGGAGCUAGGCAUAGAGAAAGGAGAAUAGUUGUAGACUCCAAUCAGCAAUCAGACAUGAUCAUUCUAACAUCAGCCUUUCCUUGCUAUUUGAGCUCUCUCUCUCUCUCUCUCUCUCUCUCUCUCUCUCUCUCUCUCUCUCUCUCUCUCUCUCUUUUAUUUCUUAUGUGGGUGUUUACUUCUCCCUCCACCUCAGAAUGAGUUUAAAGACACGAUGCUUAUAGUGUAACUAGGAAGAGAUGGUCGCAUUCUCUCUGUUUCUUGGGAGGGUGGGACUCCUGUAGCAGGGAAAUGAGGGACAGCUGACCCCAAGGGAGAACUGAUCUAAGAAUGAAACUGGGAGCAUGCUGGGUAGGUGAGAGGGGGAAAACCAAACACAUGUUCGUGUUCCUCUUUUAGCAAGCCAGAGUUUUCUGGGUCCUUCCCCCUACUCUGCCUGCCCCCAAGAGCACUUGUCCCUGUCUCAGAAAGUGAAGGUGCACACACACACACACACACACACACACACACACCACUUGACUCAAACCUCUGGUUCACCAACAGGUGCCAGGCUUCCUUGCAUUUUUGUUUAUGAGAAAUCCUGUACAAUUUACAUUUCGAGUUGUUUGCUUAUCCUUUGCUAUUUAUAACAAUGAUGAGGGAGAGGGGAGAGAAAAGACAUGUCACUGAUUUCAAGAAAGAGAGAAAUAGAGAUAGCUAGAGCUUAAAACUGGCCCUUUCUGGGAGGGAGAAAGAGAGAGAGGGAAGAGAGGGAGGGAAAAGAGAGGGGAGGAGAGAGAGAGAGGCAGAGGAGAAAAGAAAAAAAGACGGACCCUCAUGAUUCUUUUACCCAGGGUGGUCUUUCAACCCUUCAAUCUGGGGAACAGGAAGGCUUGUGUAUGGGGAAAUGGAAAAAUCUAAGGGGACGUGACCAACAAGACAACCCAAACAGAAAAAUCCAUUCCUAUUUCAACAUUCUCCCUCUCACUUCCCAGUUUUUCUGGAGAUGAGUCAAGAGGGAUAAAGGAAAGUAGUCCUUGGAGAAACACAAACCUUUUAUCACCUCACAAAUCCAAGGCUAGCUCCUAGGAUUAUUCCAUUUCUCCUCCUGAUGUCACCUCCCCACCCACCUUGCCAACCCAAUCAGGAAGAUAGAUAACUCUUCCACUUCCACCAAAUCUUUCAUCUCUCCACUUCUUCGUAGUCAGAAAUUCUUUCUCAGGAACCUCAGUAAGCACCUUUUCUGAAGGUGCUUUCUUUGAUGGGGAAUAGAUGCUGCUGCUUUGGGGCUUAAAUAACCAGGCUGGUUUCCCCACAGCCCAGGCUGGAGAUCAUCUGGGAUAUUGGAACAAGAAAAUACAGUUGUGGGGUGCUAAAUAUAUAAGACCUCCAAAAUCCCCUGACCCAGCAAAUUUGUGGCCACCUACAGUCUGAAUUCAACCUACACUUUCUUCUAUUUCUAAAUCUUCCAUCUUAUUUUAUUUUCAUUUUAUUUUACCAGCGUUUUCCCCUUUUCUCCCUUUUUUCUUCCCAGUCACUCCCACGUAACAAGAGGAGAGACAAAGAAUCAGAAUGACAUGUAUUCCUAAAACAUGCCACUUAGUCUUGUUUCCCAGGGGACUGGAAAGAUGGGGGAGACACUAAAAAAGGGGAGUCCAAGAGAAAAAUGCCAAAAAGCAAAAGUAGUGAGACUAAGGGAAGAACUGAGCUCUAAGGUAUACUUUAAAGACCAGGGACAUUUUCAUCUGAUUUGCAGCUAAAAACCUUCGAUUAUCUCCCCCAUUAGAACUAAGCUCCAUAGGAGCACGGACUAUCUUAAUUUCCAAUUUGUAUCCCUAAUGCUUUGCACACAGUAAGCCCUUAAUAAAUGCUUAUUUUAUUCAACCAUU